AGGCGAUUGGUGGAAACUCUUGAAGUAAGACCCGCCUUUCGUCGUAUUGUCCAAUCACCGUGCGCGCCGUGUGGUGUUUUACUUCCGGUUCAACGACGGAGCCUGAACGCACCGCCGUGUUGUUGUUGGUCCAUUACUUGGGUGGCUACCAAUACUAACGGGAGUUCUCCAUUCUGCCAUUCUAAAAAUGCAUCCAAAAACCGCCAACAAUACUUAAUUUACGUUCCGCCGUCUCCACUCGCAGUCUCGUACUGCCACGGCGUUAGCGAGAGGUAACCGAGCUUCUGCAAUUAUCAAUCAUGCCCCGCACGUGUCUUGUACGAGGGUGUGGUCAAAAGCCGAAAAAUUGGUCUCCGUUAAAAUUCCACUCCUUGCCAAUGAAAUUUCCGGACCGACUGAGACGGUGGAUGCUGGCUGUCAACUUGGACCCGGCGACUUCGCUCCAAAGACUGAGCAAGAAGAUCAUUUGUUCUCAGCAUUUUUUACCCGAGGACUAUUUUGAAUUUACCAGCUCAGCUCAGACCACAAGUAUUAUGCUGAAAGAUUCGGCCAUCCCAUCAGUCAACAUCCCAAGAGCGGACAUUCAACAUCCGGCAAUGGAGAAGUUGAUUGACUCUGAAGAUGGGAAAGCGGCUGUAGCUGAAGCUAAUUUACGAGAUGAGUAUUAUUGGAAGCUGGUUGCAGACUUCAUUGGCCCUCAGUCAGGAGAAGGGUUGGACCUCGAUAAAGACCUUUGCAAAAACAGACUAAUGAUUCAAGUGGGACUAAUGAAGGAGGACCAUAAUUUCUCUUGGAUCGCCGUCGUUGAUUGGUUGAAGAGGGUUUUCCCGGCUUACCGGUCAGCAGACUUCCGGUCACUGAUUGAAAGAGGCUCUACGACGAUGUUGAGUUUGGAAGCUGAAGCCAGGCUGACGUUCCUGGAAUCGUACGUCAACUUUAACUUUGUCGGCCCCAUAUGCGACAGCAUCGGCGUUGAACGGCAGCAUCUUUUGAAAAUGAAAGACUUUUCCGAGCGGGCAAAGUCCAUCGAAGUGACAAAUGGCUUGAUUCUGGAAUUGAGCAACUUUGUGGCUCGGGAGAAGAUUUCACCCGUCAAUAUGGUCACUUGGCUCAGAAACUUCAACCCAGAAUUCUGUAAAGACGGGAAAACUCAGAAAGCGUAUAAAAUCCUCAAGAGUAAGAUAAAAAAGAUAAAACUGUCGUAUGUGAAUUCCGAAACGAGAAGUCAGAGGAAGACCGUUGCCAUGGAAAAUGUUCUUCAACGUCCAUUUGACCUGGUGAAGUCGAGAAGCGGCACCUUGGAAAUGAUAAUAAACAGACGCAUGACAAAGCGAUUGCAUCGUGAACAAAUAAUGGUCAAAGAGGAAAAUGACCCCCAUGACAUUUCUCCUGUCCCGUCGAAGAGGAUGCGUCAGCAAGCGUCACCCGAUGACGGAAAUGAGGACGGCUUGGGCGCGUCCGACAGCGGGGGGGAACCUGAAAACCGAGACGACGCCCUGCCGUCUCUGCUCGACGUGAUGCUGCUCUCCGUUCAAAAACUAGCAAGUGUGUUUCACGGGCAAACCAAAGACUGCAAAAGCAUUUCAUUGGAGCUCCAGAAAAAUCAGUAUAUGCUUACAUGCAAGAAUUGCCCGGCCAUGGUAGAAUUUGAGAAAGCAAUCAACUCGGUCAGCGAACAGGUCUCCCUGGCCCCGCCUCUUUUGUUUUUAUACCAAAACGCCCAUUUCCUCGUGGACUUGCACAACGCCGUCGAGCGCCACAUCGUAGAGUUCGAGAAGGAAAUUACUCAGUCGACGGGGCAGCAGCUGGGCCGCGACAGGAACCCGCUCUUUAAGAACAUGGUGAACAUGCCCGAGAGCGCAACGUCACGCUACGUUCACAUGGCCCGCGACAUCCUGUGCCCGGACAGCGCGAGCACGCUCAACUACAAGAAGCACUGGGCGGCGUUCUGCAAGGAGAAGAACAACCCUUCCAGGCUCUGCAGGGCGCCGGCGGUACAGUUCAACAGCUACUUCGAGGCAGCCGCCGCCCUCACUCACCAUCACAAAGAGGUGGCAAUCUUCUUCUUAGACAUGCUGUCGCUCAACAACGACCAAUGCCCAAACGUCCUUCUGGAGAGCGUCGCCGCCGAUGCCAGCGAUUCCGUCAUCCAGAGCAUCGUGUGCGUGCUCGCCAUUGUCUACUGCAAAAUAGUCGGCCCUUACUGGCAGCUCCUGAAGAGCGAAGGGGAGUACUCCCUCUUCAGCCAGUACCUGCUCUGUCUCUACCAAAAGUUCCUGGAUUGGUCCAAAAAUCCGGCCACUCUGCUGGAGCCUGAGGGAGUUGCCAAUGUUUUCCUGCAAUUCCCUAUGCAGGAGAAACUUUUUUCCGGUGUGUAUGAUUUCUGUGGUGAGUGGCACACAAACCGGGACCUCAUUCGGGUCUUAUUAAAGCGGCUCUUAAAGGUGGUUGCUGGCGUCACAGAGGAGCACCUUAAAAUGUUUCUGCCAGGAGGCACCUACUCCAAAGUCCCUUCCACCGAUAUCAACCGCAAACUGAUAAGCUGCAAGUUCUCCACCCUGAUAGUCGAGUAUCCCUCCAACCCGCUGCAAGACUCCAAAGCCUCCUCCCACAAGGACUUGUCAUCGUCGGGCAGCUCGCAGGACGACGACCUGAGCUCAUCCAACUCCGACAACUCUAGUGGCGGGCCAGCUAAAAACCAAGACGACACGACAUUAAAGCCCGGAAAGAGCUACGUGAGACGUCCUGUUAAAAAAGCCUAUCCGGAGAACAUGGAUCUGGAUUACAUCACCGACACCGUGCGAAAAAACGGCGGGCCGUGCAAAACCCAGACGGAUGUCGACAAACUGCUGCUGCGCAUCAGCGACCAAACCAAGCUGGAGAGGCGGGAGGCGAUACGCUGCGAGAUCGUCUAUCAGAAAAUGGUCCUCAACAACUCCGACCCCAGUCUGGAUUACGCCUUUUGCAACAGCACCCAAAUGAUGCUGAAGCUGAAGCUGGCGCUGCCUCGCAUCAAGCCGGGGUACUCUCUGGUUUGGGCCCCGGUAAAGUCCAAGAUGGCAAAGCCCGCCAAUCAGAAUGCGCAAGCCGCUGUUGCAAGCAGUCUAAGUGAAAAGCAGCCGACUCAACUUUAACACUUUGUGAGCAAAUCCUUUUUUUAAACACAGAGUUUUCACUUUUGUCUUUAGUAUGAUUUUGAUACUUCACACUUUCUUGACUUGUAUAAUGCAUCCCUGCAGAUGUUUGAUUUUUGAUCAUGAUACUGCUCUCUCAAAUUUUGACAGCUAAUAAUCAUGAGAGCUGGAGAGAAAUCUGUAAAUGUAUGUAAAUAUUAUUUUUGCAUAUUCAUAUUUUUUUCCUUGUGUCUCAAGAUGAUGUUGGGUCACAAAUAUUAAAAGUUUUUUUUGGGUCAAUGUGCCAAAUCUUAAUACAUUUGUAAGACGAUGAAAGCUAAACAAGAAAGGAAAACCAAAUCUAAAAUGCAGGUGACAGUGAGUUCACCAGAGAUCCACUUUAUUGUAUCAGCAUACCUGCCAACUACUCCGGUUUUCCCUUAAUUAGUACGGUUUUCAUCAACCUAUUCCGGGUUACGGUUGCAGUGAUAAAAAAUACGGUUUUUCAAUAAUUAAAAAAAACUUUUUUUUUAAAGUUUUAUUGACGAAAUCGCGUAACAACAAUGACAAUCGACACUGCUUCCCGUAACUUCCUAUCGAGCCAUUCCGAAUGCCAUGCGCGAGGCUAUUUAUAGCACCGCUGCCAAGCACAAGGCACCAGUUGCCAUUGUUUCCAAACGAGCGAACGAUCAUGGAAUCAGCCGGAGAAAAAUCGCAAACGAGUCUUAAACCGAAAAGAAAACUGCAGUCAUUCCGUGAAGAAUAUUCAAAAGCCUAUCCGAGAAUAAUUAUCCGUUCCAAAAAGGGUGAAAACUACGCGAAUUGCACCUUGUGCAGACAAGAUUUUUUGAUCGGACACGGAGGAAUUAGCGAUGUAAAAGACCACGUUGGGACAAAAAAACACAAGUCUAAUGCCGUUGCUAGCGAUACAAGUGGAAAACUUUCAACGUUUUUCGUCGCCCAAACUGUGAUAAAUGCCGAAGUUUUAUUUACGGAGGCAAUAAUUGAGCAUGGACUUCCAAUCGCACUGGCUGAUCACAUGGGACAGUUAUUUCGGAAAAUGUUUCCCGACUCGAAAAUCGCCAAAAAAUAUGGAUGUGGUCGAACCAAAACAUCAAACAUCAUUCAGUGUCUUGGAACAGAAUCCUCAAAAAGUAUCGCCGAUGUCAUGAAGACGGAACUAUUUAGCAUGUCGACUGACGGCAGCACCGAUUAUGACGAUGUAAAACUGUACCCCAUUUGUGUUCGAUAUUUCGAUGACGACAUUGGAGAAGUAUUGUCAGUACUUCUGUCUUUGAGGGAAUGCAAUACGGCUUCCACAGGCGAAAACAUUUACAAAAUACUCGCGGAAGAAAUAGACUCAAACGAAAUUCCUUGGCAGAAUUUGGUUUGCUUUGCUGCCGAUAAUGCUGCAGUGAUGAUGGGAUCUAAAAAGGGUGUUGCAGCUUUCAUUACGGAAAUGUCUCCUUCGGUUUACAUCGCCGGUAAGUACAGUUCGUAGCAUAAAAAAACUCACAAAACAUAAAAUUUCAAGUAAAUCUUUUAUUACAUAAACAAUAAAUCAAAAAUAAUUUCUGUGUACAGUAUAUCUUUUUAUUUGUGAUAACGAUAACAUGUUCAAAACAAGUAACAUAUAACUAUCAUACUAUUCUAUUACUCUUUAUUAAUUUGAAAAAUGUCGUCAUGAAGUUUUAUAUUUAUAUUUAUUUAUAUUUCUUUCAUAAACCAAAAUUUCGACCUGAAGUUUCUUGUUACAAUAAUGUCUGCAAUAUCAAUAAUGACAUGUCUUAUUUAUAUUGUGUAAUUUGAACCAAAUACUCUCAAAAAUCUUAUUCUUUCAAGUUGUUGAAAGUUUCAACAUAUUAACUGUCAAAAUAAUUUCAAACUAUUGAAGUUAGCUUACAGAAUAAACAUGUCAAUCAACCCAUAUGAUUUUUGCUGUAAUAUUUUUGUUUUGAAAAGUCACUGUGACGGAUAGAAAAGUGAUGGUUUUAGCAACAUUUUAACC